AUCGCAUCACAACAGAACAGACGAAACUGGUCACGGUUGUUGUGUUGUUUUAAUAACCUAUAUCCACUGUGUUUGCUUUGUGAUAAACGUUACAUUUUGCUAUUCAGUGUUUUAUCUUAUCGCAUUUGCAUUUAUUAAUUUGUCUUUAGGUACCACUACCAAAUAGUUAAAUGUUGCACCUGUUCACAUAGUCUUUUUCGAUAUGGAUGGUGGAGAAACCCCAGCGCCUCCAGUCAGGAAGCGCACAGAGAGUAUCGGAGGAGGAAGUGACUCUGAGUUGUCUGAAGGAUGGAACAUCAUCGACCAAGCAGACGUGGCCAGUCACGAUGGCGAGAGUCUGCCCAGCAGCGACGGGGAGAGCGUGGAAGUGAUUGAUGCUGAGGAAGAGUCCAGAGAAUCCAUAACUGACACAGACGUGGAAGGGGAUACUCAUCUAACUCCUGUAACUGCAGUUGAAGCUAUCUCAGAGUCCGAGAGUCCUGUUGUUCCCCAAGGAACUCCUCGGGAGGAAAUGUUCGACCCUUCGUUUCGCUGGUUUCUUAUUUACGCUACAGCUGCUGUGCUCGUUUCCAACUUGGCUUUUAUGGUUGCCGAAAAUGCAUUGGCUUGGACUGAGGAUGUAAAUGUUGACACACCUUCUUUUUUGAGAGAUUUUCCUACAACUCCCAAGCUUUCUGAUGGAGUAAAAUUGAAAAAUAUCCCUUGGGCUGAAAAAGAAGAUGUUAUUGUUGAAGUAAUUGACGAUCACCACACAGAUCAUGUCACAAGAAAUUCUGGAAGCAAAAUUCAAGGAAAGUCUCAAAGCUAUGAAGCGAAUAGGAAACAACAGUAUAAACAAUCUUCUGGAAGAUCUGAAAAGAACAAAAAUGAAAGAUCUUACAAACAACCUGAUGAAAAGUACAAGCAACAACAUGAAACGAUUUACAAGCAUCAUAAUGAAAAAGCGCAACACCAAAACCAAAAGUUUAAUGACAAUCAAAUGGGAAAGUUUCUAAACAGUUUGGGUGAACUGACAGGUUCCCCUGAAACAAAAGAUAAACUGAAACAAGUAUUUUUAAUUUUAGAUGCUCUGCAAAUCGGAUUACAUGAUUUAGACGACAUUGUUACAGAAAAUUCUGAAUUGCAAAAUGUCUUGAAGAAUCAAAAACAUAAAUUAUUUCAGAUUGUUACAGAAAUGGAAUACGGUGUUACCAAAUCAAUUGAUAGAGUGGCAACACAUAUUCUUAACAAAGUUCGAAAACUUGAAAGAAGAUUUGAACAUCAGUGGUGCGAACUUGAAAAAAGAGGCCAUCAAGAACAGUUGAAAGGGUUGUUUUAUGACUGCCAGGAAGAUGAAAAGAAUAAACAUGAAUUUCAAGGUUUGAAACAGCCUGAGGAGACAAAACCCCAUCAGGAAAGCUCACUUAACAAAUUUUCUAAUAUUGAUAUAAAUUUGAAUAGCUUUCAAUAUCAAGUUGACAGGGACAGCCCAGGGAAAGAACACAGCAAUUCUCAUAGUGAAGAAAUCAAAGAAAUUGAGGACUACUAUGUCUUGGUUAGUAAUGAAAUAAAAAAUAAUGAUGCCUUUUUAAAAGAGAAAAGCCUUGUAAAUUCUUCUCCUAACAAGGAAAAUGAAAGAAAUGACCAAAGCAUCAACAAAGAAGACAGUUUUACUAAAAAUGGUGAUACAAUCAUAAUAUCUGAUAAUGAAGAGAUUGAAGAGAAACGUUAUGAUUCACAGAACCAAAAGGACAAAAGAACAUACCAUGAUGACAAAAGAAAGCAGUUUGGAUCCAGAGAAAAAUAUUUUGAGGAAAAUCCUAAAUAUAAUGGAGGUAAAAGAAACAUGUACAAUGAAAGAAGAAAGCACAAAAAUGAAAAUGUGCAUUACAAUGACAAAUCUGGAUACAAUAAAGAGGAACAGAAACAGAACGAUAAAAAGUGGGAGUACAAUGACCAAAAGAGUCAUUUUAAUGAAAAACACAAAAAUUAUGAGGGAAGAAACCCGAGAAAACAUGAAGACAGAAGAACAUUUUCUGAAGAAAAAAGGAAGUAUACUGAAAGAUUUGAAUCGUAUAAACAAAAUCCCAACAAAGAACAGAAUGAAAAUAGAGAAUCACAUGGGAAAAGUGAAAAGUCCGUUCCGAAUUCAGGACCAGAACUGAUUAGGAAGUAUUUGAAAGAAAGCUGUGAAAAAGGAAAACAUAAACUGACUAACAUAUAUGAAAAGCUAAAAGGUUAUGUUGACAGCAAAUUAAGAGUUCCCAAAGAAAUGUUCGAUUCGCUAUAUGCAAAAUACUGCCAAGUGAACGACGAGAGCUUGAAAUGGAAAAAACGGUACAACAGAGAACAUCCUAAGGGUGAUUUUAGAGAGAAAAAUAACAAGAACUUUUUCAAGGAUGAGCUUACAAUAGGGGAUGAUUUAAAUAAGAAUUUUAGAAUCAUUGAUAUAACAGAAAUGAGAACUGAAAAAGAAGCAGGGGAUGCAGCAAAAGACAAGUUUGUAGUACCAGACAAUCAACCGAGACAAUGGGUUUUCAAUGCAGACGAGACAAUGUAUGACAACAAGAGUAAUCUAACAGGAGACUGGUUUUUCAAAGCAGGGGAAUCAAGAACGAAAAUGAGAUGGUCUAACAACCGCAGUUCAUGGUUGUUCGACAGAGCCGCUGAUCGCAGAGCCCAACCUCGCCCCAGCUACUGGUUCUCUGGUAGACGCAAGAACUGGUACUUCCGCAGAGCUUGGGCCAGACAGAACUGUCGCCACAAUCCGCACAGUACCUGGUGUGGUUUUUCAGAAGAAGAAAGCUUAACUGUUCCACAUCCUAGUGUGAAUCUUAGAUAAGCUUGAUUUCAGGUGUAAAUGACAAAAUUUUAUGAAUCUCAUGACAGUAUUUAACACGAGUUUGGCUAUGGAAUCUCACGACUUUUAAACCCGGUUUUUAUAAAUUUUAUUGUGUGUCCCCUUUUUAUACCGGUAAUAUUCAAGAUUAUUGGUUUGAUUAUUUUAACUUCUCUGUGUGGAUAUUAUUUUAGUUUUAAGAAGGAAUGUGUUUAACACAUGUAUAUAUUGUGUUUUAGAAAUUCAAGUUGUUGUUUUUCUGUUUAUCGUCUUUCAUUUUUUUAUGCGUGGUGGUUUGUUACAUAUCUUACUUAGAUAAUUUUAGUCAAAUAGUGUGGAUUUCUAGUUGAUUAGAUCUCAAACCAAACCAACCAUGUAAAAAUAACUUUGUCCUUGCAGAAUGAAGAUUUUUUGUUUAAAGAUAUGGAGUGCAGUUGUUUUCUACAAAAUACAAAGGAAUUUUUUUCAUACUGCUCUUUGAUUUAUGUCACAUUAAGCCUCCGGAAGGUGGUAUCGUUCUAGGGUAAGUUAUAUAAAACUAAAUGUUUAAUGAAAAUGUAUUUUUUCCUAUUAAUUUACAAUCAUAACGAAUGCUGUGGAUUAUUUAAACUAAAAAAUUGUUUGCAGUUUGGUUUGAGAUUUGUCUUUUCUACUUAAUAUUUGUUCAUACCUGUAAAUGCUGAUUGAUAAUCAUGUGUGAUUACGUUUACAGACUCAAUAGUAACAUGAACAGAAAUACACUCAAGUCUGAGAACUGGGAUUGUUAAAAGUUCUUCAUGACAUUUUAAUGUUAACAUUUUUCUCUCAGCAAUUGAUCCCGGCGUACUUUUUCACAGAUUUUUAAUUAAUUAUCCCCUUAAAAAACUAUUUUUAAUUAGAUCGAAUUUUGUUCACUGGUAAAAAAUGUUAUUUAACUAAAAAUUCUCUUUUGGGCGGGUUCAGUAAAUAUUUAUUCAUGAGUAUGAGUUGUGAUAAAAUGUGACAUACAGACAUGUCAAACUUACUUAAAUCUAAAUGUAACUUCAAAUUGAUUGAUUCACCUUGAAAAUAAUGUGAGAAUAAAAGUUACUAUAAUUAAUUACUCUGUAGUGAAUUGUCAUUCAAAUUUAUGCUUCUAAUACUAGGCUGUGUUCACUUUGGAUACCUGCUCGUAAAUUAGUUGAUAAUUGUACAAAUAGUCGUCAUUAGUUUGUAAAACUAGGUUGUAGCCUGCAUGUGUCAUAGUGAAGUAAAGAAAUGUGUAAGUUAUUAACAGUAUUUUCUCAGUUUAGCUUGAUUCACUAAAGACAUAUUGCACUGUAAAUAAUUAUUUUGAAUAUAAACUGUUGGCAGCCAAGUAAAACUGAUUCAUUAUGUUGAAGAUUAAAUAAGUAAGCUAAAUAAUAUUACACUGUUAGUUACAUCUGUAGAAUGUAAUGAAAGAUAUACAAAAAUUUACAUGGUAAUUUCUUGCACGAGAGGUUUGCCUCUGGUUUAAUAUUUUAGUAAAAUGAAACUGGUUUUAUAAUUACCUGUGCAGAUGGUAAUGUUGCUGUCACAAAUCAAAUAACCCUGAAUGAUUUGUUACAUAUUUUUUUAGCAAGUACUAAUGAUGUCCAAAUAAAUAAAUAAUGUAAUUUUAUAUGUAAUUAAAAAUACUAUUUUAAA